UUGUGCGUUUUGGAAAUUGAGAGAGAGAGAGAGAGAAUGGAUCCUUCUCUCUAUAGAGCAGCAAGAUCUGGUGAUAUAAAUUUCCUGAAUAUUGAAGAUGCAUGUAUUGAUCCUCUCCAUCAAAGAACGCCUAAAGAGAACAAUCUUCUUCACAUCGCUGCGGAAUUCAAGCAAAUAGAUUUCUUCAAACAUGUCAAACUCAACUAUGAAUCUCCGCGGUUUUGGGUCACCAACAAGUCCGGCGACACUCCAUUGCACGUCGCAGCCAGAGUAGGCUGUCAUGCAGUUGUUGAGUUUGUCAUUGACCACACAAAAUCAUUCCCCCUCGAAGGAGCUGAUGAUCAGGAAAGCGUACCAGCUGAUGCUGAAACUUAUAAACAACUGCUCAGAAUGCCUAAUUUUCAAAAUGACACAGCUUUGCAUAUUGCUGUGCGAUAUGGUCACGAUAAGGUAGCGACUCUACUAAUCAAAGCUGACCCUGAACUCUGUUAUUACACAAAUAGUGCGAACGAGUCGCCGUUGUUCCUUGCUAUUAGAAAGAGCUCUCCGAGCAUCGCUAGUUACAUUUUAGAGGAGUCUCCUUCUCAUGCGUCUCCUUAUCUUCAAGGGACUAAUGGUUUAACGGCUUUGCACGCGGCAGUAACUCACCAAGACCUUGCAAGCAAAGGCAUUGUGAAGACUAUGGUCUCCACGAAUCCUGAGAUAAUAAGAGAGCCUGAAGCACUUGGGUGGACUCCUUUACAUUAUGCAGCACUGAUAGGGAACCUAGAAGCAACUCGAGUGCUACUUCAGUCCAAUAGUUCUGUUUCUUACAUAAUGGAUAAUUCCGGGUCGUCACCUCUCCAUAUUGCGGCUUAUGCAGGCCACACUAAUGUAAUGGAAGAGCUUAUUCGAUGUCGGCCUGAUACCUGUGAUCUGGUCAAUGAAAAUGGUCAAUCAGCUCUACAUGCUGCAGUUAUAGGUUCACGAAUUAAUGUUGUCAAAUACAUAUUGAAGACUCCUGGGCUUUCAGGACUUACAAAUGAAGCAGAUAAAGAUGGAGACACUCCAUUACAUCUAGCUGCUAUUUGCCGCAACCAAGACAUUAUAAGAAUUUUGGCACAAGACAGCAGAGUAGACAUUCUCUCUUUCAAUAAGGAAUCCACAACCGCCCUCGACAUUUUUCUGGGCAACAAUAUUGGAGAACAGGAAAUUCUUGGCAAUAGUAGAACGAUUUUGCACCACCUGAAGUGUUCUGUUGGUGUGCCAUUUCUCCAACAACAAAUCAGCCAUAAUUUGAAGAAACUGACAACUCGAGAGAGGGAUACGUCUGACACACUGGCCAUUAUUGGCAUCAAGAGAGAACAGCCGCAGGCUAAUUUGGAUCAAGCCUUGAAAAGGUAUGAUAAUAAACUAUUGGUAGCAACGCUAAUCGCAACGGUCACAUUUGCAGCAGGUUUCACCAAUGUUCCUGGAGGAUUUAAAAACGACGGAUCACCAGUUUUAUACGAACAUAUGUCUUUCAGUUUCUUCCAGUUUUGGAAUAUGGUAUCAUUCAUUCUCUCUGUUCUUGCAAUUCUCAAUGAAUCAACUCCGCUAACUGUAUUAUCAACCCGUUUACCCACGCCUGCAAGUCUCAUUCAGUUUUCCAUUGGUGGAAUGGUUAUAGCAUUUCUCGCGGGCACGGCAACACUGCAACCCAAACAUCCCCGAGGCAGUCCUGCUGAUAAAUUGUUCAGUGUAAUGGUCCUCACUUUUCUCGUAUUAGCUGUCAUCCUUGUGUCUGUGUUCGUAGUUCAGUUAUAUAGGGUAAGAAGGAUGCGGGUGCUCCUGAACGGCGUAAUUUAGGUACCUACAAUUAGGGGUGGGCAUUUUGUACCGAAAAUGCGGUUACUGACCCAAACCGCACCGAAAAAACGGUUCGGCAACCGCACCGGACUAAAACGUGUAGUUUUAUGAUCACACCGCACCGAACAGUAUAAAAGCGGUUUGGUUGCGGUUUCGGGUCAUAAACCACCGGAUUUAAACUGACCCACACCGAAUUUAUUUGAAUUGCAUUUUAUAUUUAUUAUUUCUCUAUUGAUGGAAA